UUCUCAGGUCAGAAGGUUUCUUCCCGGAGUACGCGCUCGCUCCCUGCGUUGGUGUUGUUCCGGAAAUGGACCUGCUCGAAGUGCCGCUCGAGGCGGUGGCGCUGCGACUCUACUCCCUCCCCAGCUACGCCGCUGGCUCGGUCUGGGCGUGGGCCGCAGUCCUCGCCGCGGCGCUCGGCAUCUGGGGCAUCAGGACCGUCGGAUCCAGAUCCGACGCCUCCCCUCCGCCUCCUCCACUUAACGUUCCCGCCCUCCCUGCCGAGCGGGCCGAACCGCAGGCCUCGGCGGCGACCGAUCGGAAGGAAUUCCGACCGAUCGCGCAGCCGUCCGGAUGCCACGUGAAGGAAACGAACGCGGGCAAGGCACCGUUCACGGCGUACUACCACGGCGCCUCCCGCGACGGCUGCGGCGUGGUGGAGGACGACGACGAAAGCGAGGAGGGCGAAGAAGCCGGCGUUCCCGGCGUCGGCUGCCGGGCGACGGCGCUGUGGGAUGGAGGCAGGCAGUUGGAUUGGUUGACGGCACGGCAGCGGCGGCGGCCGGAUGACUUGGGAUGGUACCGUUACCAGGACAUGACGGCGCUUAACGGAAGCGUGGUGAGGUUGUGGGACGGCGGCUUGACGGCGAGGCGACGACCGCGGCAGAAGCCAUUUUAGGAAACAGCAACGUGUGGAGUGUAAAUGCGUGUAUUUCAUAUGUGAAAGUACACAUUUGCCCUUAUCCUUUCUCCUUUUCCUUGUGAAAAGAAGCCAGCGAAGGACCAUUCGAUCCGUGGAUCGGAGGG